AGCUAAAAGGAAUGACAAACGCGCAGGCAGAGUGACGGAGUCACCUCGUUGCACAGGGAACCAAAGUCAUCAUUCAUUAAGAGCCUCAACCAACAAAGAGCUUGCUUCAGCUGCAAGAGCUGUCGGUUAGCUUCAGGGAUACGUUCUUCCCUUUUUUUGAAGCCCACAUUCCUUAGGUGCAGUGAUGUCUGUGGAUACUCUGGAGCUGUCUCCACGGCGACCAGCCAGACUGCCUGAAGCUGCGUGCACACCCGGUAGCCCUGCAUCAUCAUUAUCUCCGGGGACGCGCAAGCCAAGUGCAGUAGAGCGCCUGGAGGCUGACAAGGCCAAGUAUGUCAAGACCCAGCAGGUGGCGCUCAACAAGCAGCUGCCAAUAAUCCGUAAACCCUUAAUGGCGCCAAGCAACAGCAUGCACCUUCGGCCAGGCGCACCACAGCCGACACGCAAGCUGCCCACUCGCUCCAUCAUCAAGCCUCAGGCUCCGCCGCUCGACUUGAACCACCUCAGUAACCUGAUAAAUGGAGUUAGUGAUGCACUAAUACCUUCUAUUACCAUGCAAACAGACUGCAAAAACACAAACGGGUCAGAGACCUCCGUUGAAUCUCAGCCCCAUUCUGUAACUUCAGGUGUGGACGAAGAGCUCAACAAAUUGGUUCCAUCUUCAACAGUCGUGAAGACAACUUUGGCAGAUGGCGCUGGAGCUAACAUGUCUUCCUCGGUAGCAAUCCGGAGGGUCGAUGUCAGGCCACACGUGCCGCAGCUGAGAAAGCCAUGCCGAGCGCAGCUGCCAGAACAGCGUGUCCACUCACAACUGCUGCAGUUGCUCAGGCCAUACAUGCAGGCGGAGCCUCGGCCACUCCAGCCAAUUGGCAUCAAAGCCAGGCGGGAUUUAGCAAGUGCUGUGCACAGCCAUGUCACAUCUCCCAAAAGCCCAGUGCAAGCUGUGCCUCUCUCCACCGAAAAUUUAAGUAGCCCCGUUCGCACUGUGCCAUUUUCGAAUAAUUCCCCAAAAGACACGAGCAACACACCCUCACCCGCCAGCGUCCAAGAAACGCCAUGCCUACCCAGCCGCAAAGUUCAUUCCCCCCACACCCCCUCCAUCACCUGCCCGUCUUCCGUGAGCUCCAGAAAGCGUAUCUCACUGACGCGCUCCAAAUCGGACGUCAGUGAUCGUUUCUCCCGGGCCGGCGCUGAGGUUGAGCGCUUUUUCAACUACUGCGGCCUGGACCCAUCGGAUUUUGAUGACCUCUCUCCUGGGUCUGACAUCGCGUCUGUCUCCCGGCUCAGGAGUGCCAGUGCCCCUGCAUCAGAGCACACAGCAGAAGGACAGGAGGAAGAAGAGGAGGAAGCGGGCCAAGACGAAAAGCCCAGCUAUGGCAUUUCAGUAAUAGAGAGAAAUGCAAGGGUGAUUAAGUGGCUGUAUGGAAUGCGUCAAGCUAAAGACAGUGCAAAAGUUGUUAACGUGUAACCUGCAGAGACCAAGGUCGAGCCAUGUGGAGUAAUUCUUGCCUUUUCAUUGCUAUUACAGUUAUAGCUUUACCAUUUUAGCACUUAUAAUACAAUAGCAAAACUAGCACACUUUCUCACUACCCCUGCCUAGGAAGCUCCUGCAAAUAACUACUCGGACGGGUUUCUUUAGACACGCAACACCUAUAGCACAAGUAGGGGAUACUGAGAGCUAUUUCACUGAUCUCUUGGGUCUACAAAGGGUUUAAAAGUUUUCAGGCACAUUGCGGGUGAAGAAACACAUUUCUUUUGUUGCUGCUACUGGAAUAAUGGAUACAAUCAUUCUGUGAAUUUUCAGGAAAGAUCAUUUUUGAUCUUACUGUGAAAUAUUUGCCUUCAGUAUGAAAAAUAAUUACUUAAGUCAGUGUGUAAAUGCUCAAGAUAGGUACAGUAUAGGUACUGUACAUUUCCCACCAAAGUGUUUAGUUUUCUGUGAUUCCAGGGUUUGUGCAGGGGUUCAUUCGCUAGUAUUUGCACUGUCUUGAGCAGAUUUGCCUUGUAGUCUGAGGAACUCUUAUCAGACGUCCGUUGGGUUCAGUGGACGUCCAUGGCAUUACACUGAUAAACAUUGUUUCCAGUCACUUAUGUACUGAAAUGAUGAAGCAGAAAUAUUAAUAAAA